ACAAGCGUGUAGUCCCGUGUGUUCUCGCCUCACAGUUUACACUUCACAAUAUCUCUGCAUUUGAGGCCUUUCACUUCUGUGUCAGUCUCCAACAGGUUUUUGUGCCUUAUUAUCUCUGAUCCUGGAACAAGUUCCAAUUCUUCUCUUUCCCUUUACCUUAAUUUCACUCUUUUUUUUUCUUCUAUGCUCAACCUUUAAAGGGUCCUUUUCUCUCUCUCUCUCUCUCUCUCUCUCUCUCUCUCUCUCUCACAUUUCUAGUUUGAGACAAUUUUACUUUCAGUGUACUUUGAUUUCACUGCACAAGCAAGUACAUAAGAUUCUUUCAAAAGGGUGUGAUUUGAAAACUAGACAGAAGCUUUUCCAAGACAUGGCUAUGUUUGAUCUCAAUAUUGACAUUAACCAUGUUGAUGCUGACUCAACCUGGGCACAAAAGGGGGUGCAACUUCCAAGUUUUCCACCUGAAAUAUCAGAUUCUAGAACCUCCAACUCCUCUGUGUGGAACCCUGCAGAAGAAGAUUCCUCAAACAACUCUUCUCCCUUCAUUUUUGACAUACUGAAGAAAGAAAGAGAUGGUUCAGAAUUUGGUGGCACUGAAAGGGACAAGAUGGAACAAAACAUGGGACAAGAGGGAGGGAUAGUCACAAGAACCCUUUUUCCUGUGACUGUUGAUAGAGGAGGUAGAGUGCCUGAUUUCAAAUUGGGAUUGUGGGGGAAGACUCAAUGGUUGAACUUGUCAUUUCCAGUGAAUGAUGAUGCACAAAAUGGAGUGAGAAACUUGCAGCAGAAGCUACCUCAUGUAAGGAAAAAUAGGCGUGGACCACGGUCUCGCAGCUCUCAGUAUCGCGGUGUUACCUUCUACCGUAGGACUGGUAGAUGGGAGUCACAUAUAUGGGAUUGUGGGAAGCAGGUCUAUUUGGGUGGAUUUGACACUGCUCAAUCUGCUGCAAGAGCAUAUGAUAGGGCUGCUAUUAAAUUCCGAGGAGUGGAUGCUGAUAUAAACUUUAGUUUGAGUGAUUAUGAGGAGGAUUUGAAUAAGAUGAGAGGUUUGAGUAAGGAAGAGUUUGUCCUGUUACUUCGUCGACAAGUCAAUGGAAUCUCAAGGAGAAGUUCAACAGACAAAGGUUUAUUACAUGGUCAAGGAGAACCAAGAAUGGCACCAUAUGUUGGCAAUAUAUUUUAUCCCAAGUCAUCCAUCAAGUGUGAUGAUGGAGAAGUGGAGAACGGUUUUAAGCCCUGUUCCUAUAAGGGAGAGAUAAUUGCAAAUUCCAGCAUUGGCAUAGCUGGCACUUGCCAUAAUCUUGAUUUGAGCCUGGGGAUUUCUCCAUCCUCUAAAAAAUUGAAGCAAAGUGAUUGUGGAGGAGGCUUUGCCUUUGGAUGUAUGGCAUCUAAGGUGCCCGAUGAAAGAGGAACAAUGGAGAAAGAUAUGGCAGACAGAAUAAAACAUGUUCCUUCGCAAAGUUUUUCCAACGUGUCGUGGCAACUUUGCAGCAAUGGCACCAUUGCCUCAGGGCCACUGCUAUCAAAUGCAGCAUCAUCAGGAUUCGUGUCUUCUUCUAGCUAUUUCAUCACUCACACUUCCAAUCAGCACAUGUAUUAAUUAUGCCAACAAUUUCAUUGGCUCAACCACAUUACCCAUUAUUAACUACCUCAAGGGCCAGAGUGGCUGAGACCACUAGAAAUUCAGCAUAUUUAUUUUUCCUUAUUGGAAGGUUAGGUGAGCAAGAAUUCAUAAUUAUACAUUUUAGAUCCUCUUGUGUUAUUGUACAACAUGAUAUGGUUAUGUUUGAAAGAGAAAGACACAGUUUUCAUUAUAUUUUAUUUGUGAGUCCUACAACCAAUUAUGGUGGGUCUUUGUUUGAUAAAAAAAUGUUUUUAUGACAUAUCAUAUUAGUUAACAAUACGAGAGGAUACAUAUUUGGUGUAUAAUCUAUUGAUUUCAUUAAGUUGUGACUGUAUUUAAUAUUAAUGCCAAGCAUUUAUUGCAAUGGCUACCCAAUAACUUACUACAUUCAUUGUGAUUCAGAAUAUAAUAUUGCCUCAUACGAAGGCAAUUAAAGUAAGGGAGACUUGU